AUGCUCCUUACCUUUGGGUUUAUUCUCGUUACGCCGUUGGAUAUCAUUGUGCAAACAUGGGGGGCGCCAUCUACAUGGAUCAAGACAUUUAUAGUGAUCAUGGCGUGUGCAUUGUUUUUACUAUUUUGUUUGAUUAUAUAUUUCUCGAGACUUUACCAGAGCAGGAUGAUGUUGAACCAGAUCCCGUCAAAAUCAGUGUACAUUCCGCUUGAGAAGAAUGAUCUACCUUCAGAUGUCCGCCAGUAUAUUGAGGGGACACUCAGGCGGUGCAUUGGUGACAUCAAGGUAAGGGCUGGUCCUUUGCACAACGAGAACGAGAUUCUUAAUUUCCCUGGUGCUUCGCCGCCAGAGUAUAUCCAGAAAAGAAACAUCAGCUUGGGCUUUCCAAAAGAAGGCACUAACCUACCGCCGGACUGCCUCUAUGAAGAGAUCUUGGACAGCCUCGGGUUACAGAUUCGACUCUAUGGCAUGAGCUUGACAAGAUUUGAUAUCCCUGAGUGGUAUUCGUUUAGAGAAAUUGCCAUCUCCAUGACCAAGAUCUUAGUAGAGGAGAGGGAACUCGACAGAACGAAAUUACAGGAUGUGAAGCAAAUGGUGAGGUUGUAUGAGAAGCUCAAGUACGGGCCUGGAUUAAUAAAAGAGCUGGAGAUCGUUCGGUUUCUCGCAUUGUUUGAUAAACUAUCGCUAGCGUUCCACACAAACAGGCUUCAGUUCCACGAGAGUGAGGAGGAGUUGAGCAACCCGUGGGUCACUCCACAAAGGAUACAAACCAAUAGCAGAGGCUCCUCUUUCGGAGGAGACAACACUUUAAUGCCCACUUUGGGUGUACCGUCGCAGCGAAAGCCAGCAAAUGGGGCACGUAGCUCGCGGUCAGUUACUAGGAGUGACCUAUUUGAGUACAUUGACCGGUCUGACGUAGUGUUGAACCGGGACGAUCGAAGUUCAAGGCGAAUAUCGAGAAUGAGCACUCAUACAAGCGACCCCUUAGGUCGACCCAGAGGCUCGAUGAGCUCUAGCAAGUCAGUGAUUAAGAGCAAGCUUAUGUUCCCUAGCAGGGCCAAGGAGCGGCCAAAAAGUGCGAGUGAGAUUUAUUACCAGGAACAUAGCAAUAGCUCACAGCAAAGCAGUGACGAGUCUGGUGACACUGCUUCAGUGAAAAGGUUUAGCGCCACUCCACUUGGCUCCGACCAAGAGUAG